AUGUGGGCAGCGAAUGGAAUUGCGUGUGUUCUGGCAGCUCGAGGCUACAUGAAUGAGGCUCGAGAUGUUUUCUCACAGGUUCGAGAAGCUACAGCUGAUUUCAUGGACGUUUGGAUUAACAUUGCGCAUGUUUACACCGAGCAGAAACAAUAUGUGGCCGCUGUUCAAAUGUACUCAUCGGCGAUUAAACGUUUCGGCUGCGAGAACAACACGACAUUGCUGCUGUAUUUGGCACGCGCUUAUUUUCUUGCUGGAAUGCAUUUGGAGUGUCGUGAUGUGUUAGAAAAGAUUUUGCUCGAGCAACCGGAGAACUUGGUUGCUAAAUUCAAUUAUGCAUUUGUCACGAGGAAAGUAGCUACGACUUUGUUAAGGGAUGACAAAUCUUCUUUGGAGCAAGUUAAUGGUGCUUGUGCUGAUUUGAAGACGGCUGAGCGAAUGUUCACUUGGAUGGCUCAGAACAGGGAUGAGACUUAUUUAUUCACGAAAUUUGUCUCGAAAACGUCAUGUGCCGAGCAGGGUCGUGGCUGCAGUGAUGUGAUCAAACAGUCGGGUCAGUACAUUGCACGAGCACAGAAGAAAGAUGAAAGUGAACGACAUCUUCGACUCAAACAAGAAGAGGAACGGGAGGCACUUAGGCAACGUAUCCUGGCCGAACGAAAAGCUCGUGAAGAAGAGGAGGCAAUGAAGAAAGAAGAAUUGGCAGCACAAAGAAAGAUUUACAUGCAAAUGACGAAGGAUUUACUGAAGAUGCCCGAGGUAGCACAAGAAGAGAAACGAUCACGAAAAGAAGGCGGCGGCGGAGGAGGACGAGGAAGAAAGAGAAAGGGAGAAGAGGGAGAGGAAUUCGUCAAUGAUUCAUCGGAUAUGGGUGAUUGGAGAGGCGAAGGAGGAGAAGGUGGACAAAUGGGAGAAAAGAGGAAAAAGAAGGCGUCCGGCAAGAAAAGAAGGGAAAAGAAAGAGCCUGGAGAAUCCGACGGCGACUCAGACGACCGAGAAGAGAGACGCCGACGUAAGAAGGAACGAGCGGCCGAGAAGGCCGAGGCUAAACUCUCCGCUAAACAACAAGCAAAGAUCAAGUCACGAGCUUACUUAUCUUCCGAAUCCGAGUCUUCUGAUGAAGGAGCUGGGAAAAAACAAGCGGCAGCCUCGGCAAGUGAGGAAAGCCCUCCACCACCUGCUUUCGAUGAUUCGGAUAGUGCGGAAAGUCAGGCAAGUGCAACGGUUAGUCGAGCAAAGAAGAAGCGAGCGGUGAUGAGUGACAGUGAUUCGAAUGAGAGUUCAAAGGGAAACAAAAGUGAUGAUGAUGAAGAU